GUUCUCGCGCCUACGUGUAUGCGUGCACGAAACCGUACGUCUAAUCUUAUCGAUGUCCCCCUGCCUCAAAGAUAAACCGGACUGGCCUAGUGAACUCUUCAAGCUACGAUUCCGGGAGUGUUGUUCCUAUAUAGUUUUUUCUUACGGAUAUUAAAAGAUUAUAAAUUCAGGUUUGACAAUCGACGUCUGUUAAGAGAAUGCAUAUGUUAAGAGAGUGCGUUGCUGAGAUAGUGUGAGAGUGCAAGAGCUUAGCGAGCGAAUACUCGAUCGCUGCGGGACUAACGUAACGUUGCAGUUGCGGGCAAUGCGUAUUCCCGAAUUGGCGACGACGAGGGUCACGGGGAGAUCACGGGUGGUGUUCGCGCGCUAACUUCGAUUAUUUAAAAAAAUGAACCGAUCGCCGUUUAGAGACACUUGUUGCUCAAAAAAGGGCACAGAUACUUAAAAUCGGUGGAUUUUCUUCGUCGCGUUGACUCGGUGAAGCGACCCUCCUCUAUGUCGUUCGUCCGUGUAAUGACGUUAAUCGGAUGUAAACGCGUGUAGAUCGUCGAGGCAGUAUAAGUUGGCUGUUAUGCAGCGAAUCGCAGGAUCUAUAAUAUGCGAGACAGCGUAACGAUCAUCCUUUUGGUAUGGAUCAUAGAACGAGGCCUGUGCGGCAAACUCGAACGGGUCGCGCACCGACCCGACAACGUUCUCGACGACUAUUACGCCUAUCGUCACGUCACCAUCAUCCACUUCAACAUCCCGGACUGCACAGUCGCUGCAGCAUUCAAGUUCGUUGUGAAAGAAGAGAAAAUUGGAGGAAUAGGUAAAUGCCCGAUUCGAGACGUCUCCGUGUUCUUGAAAUCAGGCAGUCUGCCGUUCGUGCGGCCGGAUGGAUCGAAAAUCGCAGCGAAAUUGAUGAAAGGCAGGCGGCGAUAUUAUUCUUUAAACAUGGAAAGCAACGGGGACGAAUACAUGAUUAGAAUUGAUGCACCCGAACCGGGAGAUUGGUACACGAUCGCGUUUCGAUCCUGGAGCGAUCCUGAGAACGGCAAGAUCACGCAACAAGGGCUCGGAGCGUCGUGCGAAACCGUACUAGACGCUGAAUUGCUGUUGGAAACCGCUGCGAUAACAAUGCCGAUGGACCCAAGAUGGGAAUACGAAGUGCAUAUGAACGAGAGCUCGGAUUCUGCAGUGAUGCAAUUAAUGAUCCCCGACGAGUUCGUAGACUCGAGCCUCUUCCUGAGGUCGACCUGUGGCGAGGAAUGCACGAUCACGGUACACGUGACGGCGGAGGAUCAUAUAAUAGGAGCAAUAGUGAACAGUACAAACGUCACAGUAUCGUUCAAACCCUUCUCAGACGCAUAUCACUACGUUACAUUACGUUUAAUCUCCGGAGAGGCCUCGAACGUGUCGUUGCAGCUGCUGGAUAGUUCACCGACCGAUUCCGGCCAGGUGAGGUCGGUGGGCCUGAUGAGAAAAUCCCUGCCCGACUUCUUCCUCUUCGAUUAUGAACAUCUUCGCGGUAACAGCAGUAAACCAUCUGCGUACAAUUUAACCGCGGAAACACUGUCCGUCCUCAGCUUCGAGAUCGGUCGAGUCUACGACGUUGGGGGUACGUUGACGUUGAGUUUGAAGCUCGUCGAUACUGAAGACAAGACGAAGGAGAAGGAGAAGAGAAACGUCGUCGUAGCCGCGUGUAUUUCAUUAGGUUACUAUUCGAACAUCACUGCCGGUGGAGCGUGCUGCCGUAUGGAGAACGCGACAACGCCUGCAGACAUUUACGUGAACUCGACGGGACCAGCUAGUCUCCACAUCCCGUUCCCGGAACCAGGAAUCUGGCACUUGAGCUUAAGAGCGUUCUGCGUGGAGGAAAACUGCCAUUGCACCGCGAGCUGCCUAAACGGGACAGCCUGCGAAGACUGUGACUGCAUGACCCCCUGCGACGCCCGAGUAGAAAGUCGUAUCUCGUCUCUACCCUGCAUCGAGGGUAAUUGUAAUUCUCAAGGAAAGUGCAUGCAUUAUAUGAGCGGCGGUUUCGUGUUCGCCGCCUGUCACUGCUCGGGGGCGUAUCGGGGGUUCGACUGCGCCGACGACACUUACGUCCUCGGCAAUAGUGAUAUAAUCAUCCGAAUGCUGCUGUUGACGUUCAGCAAUCUCGCGUUUAUUGGAUCGGUUUACGUGGCCGUUCGUAGAGAGUAUUUCACAGAAGCGAUCGUCUAUGCCGCGGUGAUGUUCUUCUCGACGUUCUACCACGCGUGCGAAGCUGGAGAGGACGUGUACAGCGUUUGUAUCAUGAGAUUGAGCGUGUUGCAAUUCUGCGACUUCUUCAACGCUCUUCUCUCUAUCUGGGUGACUCUAGUCGCGAUGGCGUCGUUCGGCCCGAAGCUGACCGCGUUCUGUCAGACCACCGGGGCUGUUAUCCUCGCUAUGAGCGCUGAGAUGGACCGCACAGCGCUCUGGGUGUUCCUUCUGCCAGCUAUGACAGGGUCUGCACUGAUCGGACUCUCUUGGGGGAUAAGAUGCAAGAGGAGAGGCACCGUUCGUUAUCCUUCGCGUCCUUACAGGAGCAUUUAUUUUCCGGCUGGUCUCCUUCUAGUCUCGCUAGGUCUCGUCUGCUACGCGUUUCUGCAGACGAGAAGAAAUUAUUACAUCGUACACAGUCUGUGGCACGUGUGCGUCGCCAUAGGAGUCAUCCUGCUCCUGCCGAAGCGACAGUACAUGAAAUGAUCGUUAUGUAAAGCGAUGUGCCGUGCCGCGGUGCUAUUAAGUGAAAGUUGUUUAAAAGUGUCGUUAUCUAGAUGUAGAAAACGAAAAGCCAAGUCCAUGGGAGAAACGGGUACAAAAGCGUAAGUACGUCGCGGUAUAUGUACAAUGUAAUUAUCAGAGAUCCUAUUCUUCUAAAGUAACGUUUAUGUAAAAUAAGAAACUAUUCAGGAGCUAUAAAUAAGCAAAUAAGUUCGCAGUAUUAAUCAAUCAAUUAAUUAAUUAAUUAGGCUGCUCACUAUAAUUGUUAUUGAAAAUUAAGAUAAAUUUGCUUGGAGAAAAAACGAUUCGUACGGUAUUUCACUUUCGUUUAUUAAUUAAAUUAGGUGCGCUUAACAAUUGAAAGAAAGUUUGCUGUAUCUCUCGUUCUCGUUAAGGACCAAGGAACGUUUAGGACACUAAAUAGAGGAUGCCCAAUAUUUUUUCUGCAAAGAUGUAAUUUUACUACGUACAUACAUACGAAUGUAAAGUAUAUUCUAUAAUCUUCGUGUUGUUGAUCGCGUGGGAUCCUCGGGAUGAUCGUCUUGAGGGUCGUUUGUUAUUAAUUUAGAGAAUGCGUUCUACUUCCGAUGGGAAUCGAUACCUCGCACGCGACUCAUUAACGAACAGACAAAUUAUAUAUUUAUACAGGCUGUAAAGAACUAUUGUUGUAUGUACAAAACGUGAGCGCGCUGUGCUCGUGUACCAAACAGAUAAUAAACGAUUACACCGUAA